AUGCAAGGAAUCCAGGUCAAGAAAUGGGUGAAAUCUCCCUAUAUCAUUGUUACCAGGAAUGACCCGGAAGCACGUCAGAUCAAGAUAGGUGGGGUUGAAUAUACCGUUCCAUCCAUCAUCAUGGCUAGUGAAGGACCUGCAAACCAAACCGACGACGUUACCUACUACUCUGGCAGUGAAGCCUUGCGAGGCUUCCAAAGUGAUCCUGGUGCAACUGACCGGCUGGCAGUGGUCGCAGAUAUCUCCACAUUCCCACUGAAUAAGUCGCUUCCUAAUGACUAUCAGUUUUCAUUCUUCACGUUAGGCACCGAUGCCUAUAAUGUCUCCUUGGAUGGCGGAUACUUCAUGUUCAUCAACAGCAAUCUGUUCUGUGAGAAGAUGUCCCACCUUCCCCGACCAUUCUCAGCUGAUAACCCGAUCACUGUUGCUGCCUAUGGUGCUCGUUGCAAUAUUUCGACUUGGGGUUCUAGGAACUAUCCUGAAGUCAACGACAACUGGAAGUGGGAUAUUACUGCCUACCUCCGGGGUAUGAAUGCUGGCGGGUCAUUCGAUGAAAGCACCUUCAGGGAACCUCAGUAUCAGAUUUUCCGGACAAUCUCCCACACGUUGUGUACCUUGGUUGGCGGGGAUCCAUUGCUUGCUCAACCUAUCAACGAGGGAAACUAUAGUUACAAAGGUUUGGAGAACUGGUUCACUAGCGCUGCCUCAAGGCCCACCUUGACAUCCCUAGGCAUGACCGAGCUUUGGGCAGUCCUUCAGGAAUUGAAUGACAGCGAAAUUCAGGAAUUCGCUGACUCUGUUGAGGCCGCUUUCAAAUCUAUCGUAGAACAGCUGGAGGAGAACCGUGUGACUAGCCUUGUGAUCCUUGAGUGUGAUUCUGGAGUUGCAGAAUUCGGACUAUCGACUCCUGGUGCCAUCAUUGGUGUCGGGGGUCCUCUGCCUCGUUUUGAUCCCACAACGCAGAAUGUCAUUGGUCUCAGCGAGACCAAAGUCCGAGUCGGUGAAGCUGGACAGAAGAACAGAGAUCACAGUGCUGCAUUCUACAUUGUCAAUGAUGGCACACCCAUUGAUAUCUCAGUCAGCCGUGAUGUGGGUAUAGCUCGUGUUACGAUUAACGGGGUAGGAUUCUUCAAGUUGUCUUAA